ACAUGCAUUGGAACAUGUGAGGACCUACCCAGCAUCACUAAUGGAGUCAUUGCUUAUUCAUCGACCUCUCCUCCACGCACUGAUGAGAGUACUGCCACUUAUUCUUGUGGGAUGGGGUCUUUGCUACGUGGAGACAAUAUGAGAACAUGUCAAUCAGACCGUAACUGGAGUGGAGCUGAACCAUUCUGUCAAACCAUACAAGUGGUGAUCAUCCCCAGUGGUGUUCCAAUGGCUGGUCAGAGUUUCUCCCUCACUUGUUCCCUGAGUGGAGGGGCCUCUCUACAACCCACCCUCUCCUACCAGUGGACGAGGGAAGGAGGGUCACUCAUGACCAACACAGCAACCCUCAACUUUGACACUCUCUACUUGUCAGACGCUGGUCAGUACAGCUGUCAGGUCAUCCUCACCUCCAGUCAGCUUGAGGGGGAACACACUGUAGCUGCUCACUACACCAUUGAGUUCAGCCAUUGAGUUCAGGACACUCAACAUUCAACUUCGUCUGGAUGGAAUAACAAACUGUGAGGUGUACAUUGAGUCAGGAAGAACUACCAAAGCCAGUGGCAUCACUACCAGAUUAUCUCAAGGUGUUGAAGGAUUGUGUGCUUGUGGGUUCAGCCCCU